GCCGGUUGUUUCAUCCCUGCUUCAAAACAUUAUUGUCUGCAGAUGCGCCAACAUCUGUCCUUUCCAAAGGAUUCAUCGUUAAACAUCAUUCCUCUACAACCUCACCUUCACCGGAGAGUCGACAUACGCGCAAGCUCGCGGUCGACAUUGCAAAUUCACGGGCCGUACAUAUACGUAUGCAUUAGAUCCGGAGCGCCAUUCAUUGUUGAUCUAUGAUUGUUUAAUACCUGGUCUUUCCAUUCAGUCGACUGUUUGCAGAUACUCCCAUUUUCGGACAUUUGGAUACCCCCAUUAGACAGCACUCCGCCUUCUUUCUAUACUGCCAAGUCAGUACUCUGUUCAACAUGUCUGGACGACCAAAGGCCACACCGAAGAAGCCAAAGGCGGCCAAAGAGGCGGAGAAAGAGGCACGACAAGUCCCAACCCCGGUCCUGGUUAGGAAUCUGAGUCGAGCUGCUGCGUUUCUCAUCAUUGCGGGCAUUGCAUCACCCAUUUCGCAGCUCAACCUAUCUCCCGUCUAUGGCUCGAUCCCAGCAUCCCUAAAGCACCAGAGAGCAAUGGAGCUCACUGCUGUAGCAACUCUCACGAGCAGGAAUGCGCUCCGGAAGAUGUUUCCCACCAAUGUUACAUCAUAUAUCUCCGUCAUUGCUUACUGGACGCCCGUCAUUCAGUUCUUGUUGUUUCCAUUCAGCAGCCAAUUGGGGAUUGACUACGGGCCGUUGGCGAUAGAGCUGGUUACAUAUUUCCCAUUGUUCCUCAUUUCAUGCUUCGCUGCCAGCGAACUCAUCGACACCGUGGAUUUACCAAGGAGAUUCCGUCUCACGAAUGGCGCUGCACAGGCAAUCAUAUCGGUCUUCUGCUACUUCAUCGUUACUUCAAUCUCCAAGUUCGUCGCUUCCAUUCUACCCGGUUACAUUGGCACCCAUCUCGUCUUCUCCCGUCUAGGAGCCCAGACUUUCAUCGGCACUGUAUCUGCCUUCCUGGCCCCUUCUUCGAUCUGCCUGCUCGGAGUACCAGCAAUUGCACACACACUCUGGGCAAACCCUCACUAUCCAACCGAGGCUGCUAUGCAAAGGGUCAACACCACUCUUUUCGAGAACCACAACUACACCAUCCUCGCGCGCCAGGAGUCCCUCACAGGAUAUGUCUCCGUACUCGAGAACAUCGACGACCAAGCCUUCCGGCUCAUGCGUUGCGACCACUCCCUCCUGGGCGGCGAAUGGCUCGUAACCCCCUUCGCAGCAUCGAAAGGCCAACGGCAACGCGAAAGCAUCUUCUCCGUCUUCGUCCUCCUCGAAGCCGUCCGCCUCGUCAAGAACCCCCGCCCCUCCGUCGACCCCCCGAUCCCAGACUCCCAAAAGUCCGCCCUAGUAAUCGGCCUCGGAAUCGGCACCGCGCCCAACGCCCUCAUCUCCCACAACAUCAACACGACCAUCGUCGAACUCGACCCCGUCGUCCACCACUACGCCACCAAAUACUUCUCCCUCUCGCCCAACCACACCGCCGUCAUCGACGACGCGGUGACCUACGUCCGCGACACGUCGCUCUCCAACCCAGGCUCCUACGACAUGAUCAUCCACGACGUGUUCACGGGCGGCGCGGAGCCCGUCUGGCUCUUCACGCAGGAAUUCUUCCAGGGGCUCUCCGACCUGCUCAAAGACGACGGCGGCGCCGUCGCCAUCAACUACGCAGGCGACCUGGCGCUCGGCUCCACCCGCCUCGUCCUCAACACAAUCCACUCCGUCUUCCCGGCCUGCCGCCUCUUCCGCGACACCCCGCGCGCUGCGGACUGGAAGGCAGGGGACUCGGAUUUCAUCAACAUGGUCGUGUUUUGCGUUAAGAAUGACUAUGGGAAGGGGAAGGACGCGGUGAGGUUCCGCGAGGCGGGCCAUGAGGAUUGGAGGGGCAGUAUUGCAAGGAGGAAUUUCUUGCAGCCGCGGGACGAUCUGGAGAUUCCGUAUGUGUAUACUAAGCCUGAGGAGGGGCCCGAGGUUAUGAGGAGGAAGGAUGUUGGGGAGCUCGAGAAGUAUCAUAAGCAGGGCGCGGUGAGCCAUUGGAAGAUUAUGAGGUCGGUGCUGCCGGAUGGCGUUUGGGAGACUUGGUGAUUGUGUUGCGGGAGGAGAUGUAGGGGGGGAGGAGGGUCUAUUUCACAACGUAUCUUCAUUUUUAGCAUAUUUUAGUAUAUAUCAAAAGCC